UUUAACUGAAACUGGACAAGAACAAGCACGUCAUUGUGGAGAAGAACUAAAAAAACUUAUUGGACCUAAUGAAACAAUCAUGUGUUUUGUUAGUCCAUUUCGUCGGUCAAAGGAGACAUGUAAAUUGAUGUGUCAAGCGUUUUCUCAAGAGAAUAUCUUAAAGAUACGUGAAGAUCCACGUAUAAGAGAACAAGAAUGGGGAAAUUUUCAAGAUAUUGGCUCACAUGAAACAACAGUACUGGAAAGAAAAAAAAUUGGACGAUUUUUUUAUCGAUUUAGAAAUGGAGAAUCCGGUGCAGAUGUUUAUAAUCGUGUUAGUUCAUUUAUAAAUAGUUUGAAUCGAGAAAUGGAUAAUUAUUUAAUGCCAAAUAAUAAUAUUAUUAUCGUUAGUCAUGGAUUAUUUAUGAGAUUGUUUUUGAUGCGUUUUUAUCGAUGGUCUGUAGAAAAGUUUCAUACAUUAGAAAACUUUGAUAAUUGUGGUUAUUGUAUUUUGGAAAGAGAUAAUAAUGAUGGAAAUUUUGUACUUAAAACAGAGUUAAACACGUAUCCUGAACGAAAACCAACUUUAAGUGAUAGUCUCGAAGAAACAUUUGUUAAAGAAAGUUUUCAUGCAGAAGUUAAUCCAUCCAUACAUACAGAAGAUAUUGGACAAACUAAAAAAACAGAAUGA